CUCCCUCCGUUCCUCACGGCUCUCCGGACUCGCCCCGCGGCUGGCCGUGCUGAGUUUCGUUCUCUGGCCGGCAAAGAAGCGAUUUUUUUGUGCUUUCUGGACGGAUCCCGGCCGGAGAAGGGACCGAAUUUCCACGACCUCGACCGCCGGCUGCUCCUCUGCUGGGCUCUCCGUGCGCAAGAAGAGCCUACCAAGGUGAAUCCGGAGAUUUGAGCUCCGGGCCCGCCUCAUGGAGUCCAUGGCGCAGGAAAGGGACGCGUUGGAUUCACCUGCCUUGUCGAUUGACAAAAGGCUGCGGUCGGAUGCUGUCGAAUCACCCCUGGUGGAUGAUGCAACGCAACCCAAGGAGGGGGCGGACGGUUACCCUGUCAAGGUUCGGAAGCCUUACACGAUCACGAAGCAGCGAGAGAAGUGGACAGAGGAAGAGCAUGGGAAGUUCCUGGAGGCACUGAAGCUCUAUGGUCGGUCUUGGCGCCAGAUACAAGAACACAUUGGCACAAAGACUGCUGUCCAGAUUCGGAGCCAUGCUCAGAAGUUUUUCUCCAAGGUCGUGCGUGAACCUGGGGCCAGUAAUUCAAUUGAGAUCCCACCCCCUAGGCCAAAGAGAAAACCACUGCACCCAUACCCUCGCAAGUGUGCCGACUCCACCGUGACAAAUGCUCCAAUGGGCGAACCGAAGAAUGCUCCUGUUUCAUCACCAUCUGGUUCUGACCAAGAGAAUGGUUCGCCUGUCUCGGUGUUAUCUGCAAUGCAGUCGGAUGCUUUUGGUUCAUCAAUAUCAAACCCAUCAACUGGGGGCACGUCUCCUGCGUCAUCAGAUGAUGGGAAUAAUGUCCCUGAGAUAGUGAAUGGGGAGGAAAAUUUGCUCACUCAGCAAAUAGAAGACCGAUCCCAUCAGGAAUCAAAGCAGGACAACAGUGAUGGUGAGCUGUCUGAAGAAGAUUCAUCACGAGUCCAAGAAACCAGUUUGAAGCUUUUUGGGAAGACAGUUAUCAUCCCAGACCCAAAGAAAGUCUGUUCCUCGGAUGGGGGAGCUGGAGAUGAUACACAAGAAGUGAUGCAAACAUCCUGGGUUGGAGGAGGGGUGGCAGCAUACCCUGCCCAUAACGGAUGGUUUCUUCCGUUCCAUUCUUUCCCUGCUCAUAUGUAUGAGUCAGGGGAUGCUAGGAUUUCCCCUCUUCAUAUGUGGUGGCCUUACUACGGUUUUCCGGCCGGCCAUCCAAGAGGGUUUGGCACAGGGCUGCUUAACGAAGGCGCCAUUGAGAGUGAUGCCGACAAUAGCCCAUCGGUUGAAACUAAUUCUGAUCGCACGGGCAAUGUUCAUGUUCAGACGACGACCCCUACCAUUCACAACAAUGCUGUCAAGGAGUCAGUUGGGCCAGUUGAGAUGCCAGAGUCGGGUCCGAGCAUUGAGCUGAAACCCAGCGCGAACUCGGCCUUUGUAAGAGUGAAGCCGAGCAGCAGCGUCAGCGGAGACCAAUCACUGGUAAGGGGGUUCGUGCCAUACAAAAGAUGUAAGGUCGAAUAACCCAACCCAACGACAUACCUGUCUGCUGCUAAUCUUACUGGAGAUUGAUUGAUCCUGAACAGUGUAGGGACUCGAGUGGCACACAUCCCUUGUUCCAGUGUGCCUGCCAUUUUUUGCCUGCAAAAUUGGCUGCUGGUGUAUGUGUAAUAUUGUCGUUUUACUGCCUGCAGCGGAAUGUAAGAUGCCGCAGGCUUGUUGCUGUCACCUAGGCGUAGACUGAACAGAUGUUGUGCAGGGAUCGCCGAUCUCUGCACCCUUAUGUUUGUUGUACGAGGAAAACCGGAUUCUGUUGAACUCUCGUGUUCAAAAAUUCAUUGAUUCCUGAUGGAAACUGAUUUGUAAAUGAACAUGGCAAUGCCGCCGGACAGGUUACAGUGUAUCCUGUAAGACCAAUUCUUUUGGUCCUUGAACAAUGGAAUGCAGACUAGGUUUUGGUCAUUCAAAGCAAGCUUUGGGUGUGAUGUUA